AUGCAUAUCAACUGGGCUAGACUCUUCUCCGGGACGGCUUUCGUCACUUCAGUUCGACCAGUGGCUCGCGAUGUUUCAACAUAUACGGAAAAGGCUGUCACUUCCAUCGAGGCAAUGAACAAGGAAUUCUACAACGCCGCUACCGGUACAUGGGACAAUGCUUGGUGGUCUAGCGCAAAUGUGGUGACAACUCUAGCUGAUUUCGCAACUCUAGAACUCGAGGAAGCCAACAAGCUAAACAUCGGAGGCAUCCUCGCCACAACAUACACCAAUGCUCAAAAAACAACUGUUCACACCAUGAAGACAAUGACAAACGGUCUUGUCAGCUCCAGCUAUUGUUUGGACUCAAGCUCUGGUUGCAUGAUGAAGCGUUCUUUCCUUGGAAAGCGUGGCUUCGAUAACUUCCUCAACGAGUUCUACGACGACGAAGGAUGGUGGGCUCUGGCAUGGAUCAGAGCACAUGAUGCUACCGGAGACCAGCAGUACCUCGAGGCUGCUAUCGACAUUUUCAACGACAUGCAAACCGGCACUGGAACAAAAUGUGGUGGAAUCAGGUGGAAGAAGGAAGGCGAAGAAGGUUCAGGAUAUGUGAAUGCCAUCGCCAACGAACUCUAUCUCAUGACUGCUGCCUCUCUGGCACGACGUGUCCCCAACAACGCCACAUACCUCGACAUAGCCAAGAAGCAAUGGAACUGGUUCCAGGACAGUGGCAUGAUCAACAAGGAUGGGUUGAUUAACGACGGACUUACCGAUGAUUGCAAGAACAACGGUCUGCAAACUUGGUCCUACAACCAAGGUGUUGUCUUGGGUGGCCUCGUUGAGCUCGCACUCGCUACUGGCGACAAGAACUACACCAAAAAGGCACACAAGAUUGCAAAUGCAGCUAUCAAGGAGCUGACCAACGAAGACGGCAUCCUCAUCGAGACUGACGAAUGCGAACACAAGGAUGGCCACUGCGGUGCCGAUGGGCAGCAGUUCAAGGGUAUCUUUGUCAGGAACUUGCGAUACCUACACACAGUCUCGCCCAGAGACUUGUACCGUCGGUUCAUCACCAAGAACGCCAUCUCGAUCUGGAGGAACGGUCGCAACGACGAAGGCUUGUUAGGAGUUUCUUGGGCCGGGCCUUACGUCACUGCUACCGGCCCUUCACACAGCAGUGCUUUGGAUGCCAUCGUCGCAGCCAUUGCUGUUUCUUAA